UCCAGGAACACGCCAAGGAAUCGGCUCAACGGGUGCUAAGGUGCAGCUGGCUCUGGGGGUGGGACAGCCAAGUAACAGCUUCACCCCGCUCCCUGGAGCACGGUGCCCCAAGAUGAGCUCCCUGCAGCACGAUGUCCCCUGCAGCAUCACAUGGGGGCCAGCACUGAUGCUGGGAGGUCUGUCUCUGUCCCAGCCUUGCCAUGGCACGUGAAUACUUCACCCACAAGGGGUUGCUGUUCCCAUGCCUGGAUUAUUCCCCCGAGGCGCUGAGCUACGUGGAGAAUGAAUUCCAGGUGCGGGACGACGACGUCUUCAAUGUCACCUACCCCAAGUCAGGCACUAACUGGAUGCUGGAGAUUCUGAGUUUGAUCCGUUGUGACGGGGACCCCGGCUGGGUGCGCAGCGUGCUGAACUGGGAGCGGUCGCCCUGGCUGGACAACCAGGGUGGGCUGAAGGCUGCCCUGAAAUACCCCCCGCCCCGGCUGCUCUGCUCCCACCUCCCCGUGCAGCUCUUCCCCAAGUCCCUGCAGCGCUCCAAGGCCAAGAUCAUCUACACCCUGCGCUGCCCCAAGGACGUCCUGGUCUCGCUCUACCACUUCUCCAAGCUGCUGCACCUGUUCAAGGACCCUGGCUCACUGGAUUCCUUCCUCGAGGACUUCCUGAGCGGGAAUGUGGCCUAUGGUUCCUGGUUCGAUCACGUCACUGGCUGGAUGGGGCUGAAGGGGAACGAGAACUUCUUCCCCAUCACCUACGAGGAGCUGCAGCAGGAUCCACUGGGCAGCGUGCGGAGAAUCUGCCACUUCCUGGGGAAGGAGCUGAGUGAGGAGCAAGUGGCCGCUGUGGUGGAGAACGCCUCCUUCCAGGGCAUGAAGGGGAACAAAAUGUCCAACUUCUCCCAGUUGGACAACAAGUACAUGGACCACCAGAAGGGGGAGUUCUUGAGGAAAGGGAUCUGCGGCGACUGGAGGAACCAUUUCUCGGAGGCGCAGAGCCAACGAUUCGACACUGUUUACCAGGAGAGGGUGCAAGGUCUGGGCAUGACCUUCCCCUGGGACUGACGGCCCUGCGCCCGCCACGUCUGUGCCCGCAAUACACCAGCCCUGCGCCACCCACGUGCUGCUGUGCUUAUUGUGCCCUGGGAGAUGCCCCCUGGGGCAGCGUCACUAGCGCAUCUGCAAUAGGCAGAGCCGGCUGGGGCGUGUGUCCAGCAGAGGCCAGUGCGCACACGGCAGGGCUCAUCUGAGGUGUAUUUAAAGAGAGCAUGGCGUGGGAGUUGAGCCUCGGUGCCUCAAGGAGCAGCCUGCUCUGUGUCUCUCUAGUUUGGGUUCCUGUGCGUCAG